ACCAAGACGCAAUCUUGAUGUUCUUGAAGGCAAAGCCAUCACGCGUGUGACUAGUCACGGGCUAAUGCAAGCUCCGCUGGGUCAUUAUGAAUUAAAGCUAAAGAUCUAAAUGUGUUAGAGAUCUAAUUGCAGCCGAACUGGACAAUUUGGGGAUAUCGGAACAACUCUACGUUUUAUCUAUCUAUCUAUCUAUCUGAGAGUAUUAAGGAAGAUGCAUUCCUUUCCAUUUUAAGUUAGUAAAACUUCUCAGUAUUUAAACAUAUUUUUGGGUACCUUACGCCAUAUAUAAACGGACAGAAGUGGCGAAUGAAGUCGUCAAGCGUUGAUCGAUCGGAAACUUGACAGGAAUUUAAGUUAAAUCGAGCUAAACAUGAUAUCUCGUCAGAGUAAGGAUUUUCUCAUAAGGAUCGCCGGUUACUGGAAGCCGCUUUUCAGAGGCAGAUUUCUGAUCGUGACGAACACGGUGAGCAGCGGAGGGAUGUUGGCGGCGGGCGAUUUCAUCCAGCAGACACGAGAGAGACGGAGGACGCCCGGCCGAACACGUGACUGGUCGCGUACAGGUUGUAUGUUUGCCGUCGGAUGCUCUAUGGGUCCCUUCAUGCACUACUGGUACCUGUGGCUCGACAAAUACUUUGUAGGCAAUGGCAUCAGUAAUGUCUGCAAGAAAGUGCUUACUGAUCAGCUGGUCGCAUCGCCAGCACUGGGGGCCUGGUACUUUCUAGGUAUGGGUAUGAUGGAGGGUCACACUUUGUCUGAGGCACAAGCAGAAUUCAGAGACAAAUUCUGGGAGUUUUACAAGGCAGAUUGGUGUGUUUGGCCAGCAGCUCAAAUGGUAAACUUCUACUUCUUGCCACCCAAGUUUCGUGUCCUUUAUGUGAAUAUAAUUACCCUGGGAUGGGACACUUACCUCUCCUACCUCAAACACAGAGACCAAGUAGAAGCCACAAAAGAAGCUGAGUGAACUGCCUGAAGAUGUCUGAAGAAAGAGAAUAUUAAAAAACACAGCUUCAAUCACGAUAAAAAUAAUUAAAUCUUAUUAUUCAAGACUGUUAAUGGACAGCUUUUUGUUUUUAAAUUUCACAUAAUAUAAUUCAUAUAAUUUUAUCCCGUAAUACCAGGUACAUUGGCAAAAUAAAUAAGGUUACUUGCCAUUGGUAUUUUGUUUUUUAAUCAUUUAAAAAGUAUUGAAAAAUCUAUUUGUCCAAAAUCUGUGUAUUUUUGACAUGUGAAGGGCAGUUUAUAAAAUCACACUGUUUACAUUAUAUUCUUAUAAUAGUAUAGAAUACAGUUUUUAUAGUAAUCUAUAGUUAUAGUUAUCAUGCUAUUAAUCACAGUAAUUGCUGAUAUUAUUUUCAUAUACAGUACAUUGGAGAAAUGCUGUAACGGAUGCUGCAUAGGCAGUAAUGUUACUAUUGAUUGUUACUAUUGCUAUUAUGUUCAUAAAUUGCCUUAACACGUACAUUUUAGCCUAAUUAAUUUUUUUUUUUUUUGAUGAUGAUAAAUUUAU